GUCAAACGCAUCAAACAAUGACGUUUAACUGCCGCAAGCCAAACUUGCAAGCCACUGACAACCUACACAGUAGCCGCCGCAGCGCUGAAGAAACAUUCUCCACCGAUUUUUUUUUGUUUCGUCCUAAUCAAUUGUUUCUGUUAUUGAGCUCGUCAAUUUUAGAGGUUUCUAGUAUAGCUUACUCCAACAAGAAUAUGUCUCGCCGAACGUCAAACCUGGCUCCGGUCUCGGAGCAGAGCGCAGGUAGCGGUGUGCCUACAGACACAAGCCAAGAAAAGCAGAAGAAACUACUCCAGGCUGAGACGGGGCACUUCAGCAUGGUCAGAACUCUUCACCUUGCUGAUUUGAUUACGGAGCUAAAUGGCUUCUGUGGAUUUAUGUCGGUCCUCUCGUCAAUGCGAUACCUGACCAACGCGGAGGAUACUGGAUCCCUAUGGGCAGCACUCAUCUUUAUGCCAUUCGGACUAUUCUUUGAUUUCAUGGACGGACGCGUUGCGAGAUGGCGAAAGAAAUCGUCUUUAAUGGGACAGGAGCUAGAUUCGUUGGCAGACCUGAUCUCAUUCGGAGUUGCGCCCGCCUCGGUAGCAUUUGCUAUCGGAAUGCGGUCUGCAGUCGACCACCUCUUCCUCAGCUUCUUCGUCCUCUGCGGACUGACGAGACUGGCGCGAUUUAACGUCACCGUCGCCGUGCUUCCUAAGGACAAGACAGGCAAAUCAGCAUAUUUCGAAGGCACACCGAUACCUACCUCGCUCUCGAUUGCAGGUUUGAUGGCAUACUGGGUUUCGCAAGGCUGGAUUCAUGAGAACCUGCCAUUGGGUUUGGUUGCACAGGACACGAUUUUUGAAUUCCAUGCUCCGGCAUUGCUGUUUGUUCUUUGGGGCUGUCUUAUGGUUAGCAAGACUCUGCAUAUACCCAAGCCUUGAUCAGGGUUGGUGGAGGAUAUGUUUGUUGGCAUAGCAUAGCAUAGCGUGCCGCUUAUCCAGAGCUCAGGUGAAGGCUCAAUCGAAACCUCGAUUUGAUUGGGGGUUAUGAAAAGUUGUAUUGUUUUAAUAUAAGAUACCAUGGUAGACAUGAACACGCAUAUUCUACACGGUCAUUCAAUAAUAUUUGAUAGUAGGUGGUGGCUAAUUUCAGAAAUGUCACUCAGUGACGGCCCUUAGCGUCGAGGCCGUUUCCAAUAUAAUUCUUCAAUCCAAA